AUGUUGCCAACCCGCAGCCUCGCGACCCAGUCUGGGUUCUUCAAGCGCAGCGCUGAAGAGCUCACUCGUCUCUCCAAGAUUGCCUGGAACACCGAAGGCAUCCAAACGCCCACCAAGCCCUAUGUGCUCCUCAAUUUUGAGGACAAGCAGACCGCCGAAGAAUGUAAGACCAUGUCCGACCGUGCUGUGGCCGGCUUCAGCACGGCCAAUCUGGACUACGAGCCCGGCGAUCCCUCGACGAAUGUUCCUCCACACGCGCGAUUCCACGGAAACAUUUCCACCAAGCUCCCUGAUAACUUCCGUGUCGAGAGAACCGGAUAUGCUGCUUUCCGCAAUAAAGACCGCGGCGUCUGGCUCUUCGGCCGUCUGACCUGGGACGUAGACCCAUAUGCAUACCUCGCGCUCCGCGUGAAAUCCGACGGAAGGCGCUACACUAUCAACAUACAGACGGACUCUAUCGUCGAUACCGAUAUCCACCAGCACCGGCUAUACACCCGACACCACCGAGUCCGUUCCGCCAAUCAAGAAUUGUACCCACAAAGUAUUCGAGAUGCGCUCGCCGCAGAACACCAAGCCAAACAAGAAGCCACCGCGCAAAAAAAGGCCGAAAACCCCGAGGACGAGGAAUGGUUCGAAGAAUUCCCGGAACCUGAGCGCCCGUCGUUCGAAGAAUUGUAUCCGAAAGGUGUCCCCAAUUCCCUUCGCGAUGUAAAUCCCGAAGAAAUCAGAGGAAUGUAUCCAAAUGGGAUUCCAGAUGCUCUCGGCGAUGUCCCCACCGAAGGCACGGUUAUCUCUACUUCCUCCUCCGUCACUACGUCCGGCGCAACUGGCUGGGAAACGGUUCUCCUGCCAUUUAACUCGUUCGUUCGUACGAAUCAUGGAUAUGUGAUGGAGCCACAGACCUCUAUCAUGAAGAACAGAGUUAAGAGUAUUGGAAUCGGUCUCACGGACCGUAUUGAUGGGCCAUACAACUUAUGCAUUCACAAGAUCUGGGCCACCAAUGGUAUGACUGAGGAGGAUGCCGCUGAGGACCGACGCAUCUGCGGCUCAGAUGCGCUGCCUGUUGAUGAGGGUGUUCAGACAGGCUGGGUGGAGUCCAAGAGGCAUGAAAAGGAGGAGAGUAAGGAGGCUUCCCCGGCAAAAGAAAAGGGUCUGAAGGGGCUUCGUUCAGAAUGGGAUGACUGA